AAGAAAGUAUCAUGGUGUAAAUUUCAACGAGCAACGUUUGGAGUUUAUCCUAUAGAAAUUGAUAUAAACCAUCAAACACAGUCUGCUUGGUGUUUUGCAUGUGUUUGUUCGGCCGCACAGAGGAAGUUGCGCGUAAUCAAAGCCUUUAAAAACCCAGUUGAGUGCCCGCCCCCAGCUGCGGCCAUUCAACUACAUUUAAAUUCAACGAGAGGAACAUGAGAUGUGCCGCCUGCACCAAACACGGUAUGUUUGAGUUCUGAGCUUCACAAUGUGUUCGAUUCCUGGGCUUCCAACACCAGGAUCAGAGGUAACUGUUCUCAUCACGAGGGUAAACCUAAACCCCAGUUGUGGUCUUGUGGAAUUAUGGGUUAACGUGGAUGAUGGACGGAAACAUAUUUAUGAGCAGAUGAGAGAGAAAAUUCAGAUUCCUGAAAGGAAGUUUUAUGGAUCAGAAGGAAAACCAGGGGACCUUUGUCUGGUCUAUGUCAGUGACACCUGGCACAGAGCUCGCAUUGUAUCCAUUCAAAGUGAAACUUAUGAUGUGUUUCUAAUUGACCAAGGACAGCCCCAUGUCACCACAAGUGAAACUUUAGCAUGGGCCCAGAGUGACAGUUUUCUCUUUCCUCCCGAAAUUGAAUCUUGUAUACUUGCAAAUGUCCUCUCCCCUGAGAAUAACGUGCCAGAAGAAGCCACAAAAUUUUUGAAGUCUCUCCCUGGCCAUAAGUUUAAGGGACUGGUUCAACAUGUACUGAUGCCAGACAGGACUAUUCUCCUUGAUAUAGCGUUUAUUUCCAAGCAAAUGUGUAAGUUUGGAGUUGCAAAGAAGAUCCCAGGGGAUGAGUUUAAAUGCCUGGUACUGAAAUGUCUACAUUUACCCAAAGGAGAGGCUCCUGAGGCCCAGGAACAGAAUUCGAAUGUUAGUUGCCAACUUGAGAAGCACGAACAAUACUUUUUCCCAGAACUGUUAAUUGACUCCUUUGAAACCGUUAAUGUGACAGAGGUAACUGAUCCACAGAACAUUUUUUGCAAACUUCAUAUAUUUUCCAAGGUAUUGAAGAUAUUAUCAGAACAGAUCCACCAGUACUAUGAAGAGGGCUCAGAUUUUGGAGAGGUGCAGCCACAGACCUGCGGAGAUCCAUGUGCUGCUAAAGGCAUGAGCGGCAGAUGGCAUCGCUCGUUACUAAAGCAAAACAUUACGAUCGAUGAUGGUGCUGUUGAAGUCGUGCAUGUGGACGAAGGAAAAACUGAAUUGGUGCCAGUUGGAGACAUCAGACCACUGUAUGGGAAAUUCCUGAGAAUGCCAGUUGUCACCUAUCUCUGUUCUCUUGAUGGACUACAGGGUAAGGACACAGGCUGGACUAUGGACCAGACUGAUCACUUAAAAUCACUGCUCCUGAACCAGACAGUCGUAGCCAGGUUUGACCACCACAAUAUACAGGCACGUCAAGAUGUCUAUGAUGUCACACUCUAUGCAGCUAAUUCUGCGUGCAUAAACUAUUGUUUUUUAGAGAUGGCAGGACUUUUCCCACCCUCUAACACUGAACACGAUUCUAAUGUCCUGAAAGAAUCCAUUCCCUCAUCAUUUCUCAGUUCACUUGGAGACAAACAAUGUAUGGAUUUACAGAACAAAGUCAAUGUAAAUGUUGAUGAUUUACAAGAGCGAUCUUUGCCAAGCACCAAAAACCUAGAAGUCAAUGGCAGUAUGGAUGAUGGAUCCACUUCUGGCGCUGAUGCUAUUCAUCUCAAAGAGCCUUUAGAACAUCCAUCAACAGGUUUCCCCUCUGAGGUGCACCAUGCUUGUGAUGAUGAUGUGUUUACUGUGGGGAGUGGUAUCAAUGUGAAAGUAUCUUGCAUUGAAAGUCUUCAGAAGUUUUGGUGCCAAUCAACAGAAAAUGGUGACUCCCUUAGCCUUCUUAUGCAAGACCUGCAAAACCACUAUGCAGCUGCCCACCCUCAAUCCCUUGUUGAGUCCAUCUGUGUCGCCCGUAAUCCAGACAAUAACAUGUGGUACAGAGCAAAGAUCAUUGCAAGUCACCACUCUCCUGUUGUAGAUGUGAGAUUCAUAGACUAUGGUCAAAUUCGAAAGGUCCCUUUGCAAGAAGUGCGCCACAUUGAUCCAGCUUUCUUACGGCUAAAUGCGCAGGCUUUUCAGUGUUGUCUGUUCAAUCUGAAGAAAUCCACUUAUCCUACUGCUGUCACUUCGGCUGAUGCUGCAUUAGCAGAGUUUCAGAAGUUUGUGGAUUCAGGUGCUACAUCAGGCACUGGGUUGAAAUGCGUUGUAAAAGCUAUAACGCCCGAUGAAGAAGGUCUGCUGCUUAACAUGGUAGAUAUUGAAACACCAUCUGACAGUGCAUGCAAGCUUCUGGCUCAGAAAUGUGCACAGACUGAAGCUCACAUGCAAAUUCCUCCACAAGUCCCAUCAGAUGCAUACAAUUACUCCUCGCACAAUAUUGAAGUGGGUGGAAAAGAAAAAGUGUGGGUAACCUCUUCAGAGAAUGUUGGUCACUUCUACUGCCAACUGGACCGAAAUUCUCAUUUGUUCGACAAAGUGAUAGAAAAUGUGAAACAACUAAUUGCCCAACCACAGUACCCAGAUCACCCACUUGGACUCAAUAGCAUUUGCUUUGUUAGGUACACUGAUAAUCAGUGGCACAGAGGUCAAAUAGUAGAAAUGUCCCCUAAACUUAAAGUGCACUUCGUGGACUAUGGUGAUACACUUGUAGUGAAUGAAUCUGAUAUUCGCCCCUUUCCCACUGAAGGAGGUCUUGCCAGGUCAAUUCUUGUGCAGGCGGUUCCACUUGGACUGUCUGAUGUCCCAGGAGAAGUGCCACAGGAAGUUAACCAGUGGUUUGCAGAUAAAGCCAUUGGUCAUAGUUUUACCAUUUCAGUGGUAGAAAAAGGGGCAAAAGGGAAGCUAAUUGUUGAAUUGUUUGAUGGAUCCCUGAAUGUAAAUGUGAAAAUCAGAGAGAGAAUAUCAAAGAUGGUGCAACAAAAGGUAACUACUUUCAUUCAGCAGACUGACCAGCAGCUCUCUAACAGCUCAGAAUGGGCUGGUGUGCCAAAUGAAGACUGUUUAACACAAGAGCUCUUGAAUGUGUCAGUAUUAACAAAGUUAACGGAGCAAAAUAAAGUCCAAAGCAGUGAUGGAAUGUGUGCUAGAGAUGAGCUAACAACGAGUUCACAAUCUAUAUCCAAUGUCUCUACACCAGAGAUUGAACAUGGAAAAACUUUGGAUGAAGGAAGACAACCGACUUUGGAUGUCAUUCUUGAGGAAAAAGAGACUGUGUUGGCUCAGACUUUCAUACAAGGUGGUCACAGUGACUCACAAAUAACACAACUUUCCCUUCCUCCGUGCUCUGAGGGAAAUGUGAAUAUCUGCAUGUACAAGAGGCCUAACAUUUCUCAAGACAAGACAGAGGAAGUAUACGCAUCCUGCAUUGUUGGACCACAUUACUUUUGGUGUCAGUACAACAAUACUGAAAACCUGAACAUGGUGUCAAUGCUUGCUCAGGAAGCAGGACAGGCACAGAAGAACAUGAUGUUCACAGAGACUCUUGGUCCUGGAAGUCCAUGCCUUGCUCUUUUUUCCAGUGACAAUCGGUGGUAUCGAUCUCAGGCAAUUAAGAGAACUGACGAUACCCUUCAUGUUCUGUUUAUUGACUAUGGAAAUGAAGCUGACGUUGACAUCAACAAUGUGAGAGAACUGCCUCAGGGUCUGCUGGAUAAGGCUCCUCAGGCCUUUUUAUGCUCAUUGAAUGGAUUCGAUGAAUCCAAGGGCACCUGGGAUGACCAAGUUUAUGACGACUUCUACAAUCUACUGGUUGAUAAACCACUCAGAGUGACGGUGUUCGACAUGGAGGAUCAUUCAGAAAUCACAGUUCCUCAAUAUGCAGUUCAAAUUGAGUGUGAAAAUAUACUUGUAAAUAACGCAAUGCAGAAAUAUUGGAAACCUGUAGCCACAGCACAUGUUAUGACUAAAAGCCGUCAAAUGGAAAACUCACUCCAGGGUGGUCAAACUGAGUUCAACAUGACAAACAUUAAUGUGUCCAAAGGAAAUACAAAUACUUCCUUGUACAAGAAACCAAAAAUAUCUAAAAACCAGACGGAGAGUGUAUAUGCCUCUUGUAUUGUGGAACCCAGUUUCUUCUGGUGUCAAUACGCCAACACUGAGGAUCUCAGCAAACUGUCAAUGCUUGCUCAGGAAGCAGGACAGGCACAGAAGAACAUGAUGUUCACAGAGACUCUUGGUCCUGGAAGUCCAUGCCUUGCUCUUUUUUCCAGUGACAAUCGGUGGUAUCGAUCUCAGGCAAUUAAGAGAACUGACGAUACCCUUCAUGUUCUGUUUAUUGACUAUGGAAAUGAAGCUGACGUUGACAUCAACAAUGUGAGAGAACUGCCUCAGGGUCUGCUGGAUAAGGCUCCUCAGGCCUUUUUAUGCUCAUUGAAUGGAUUCGAUGAAUCCAAGGGCACCUGGGAUGACCAAGUUUAUGACGACUUCUACAAUCUACUGGUUGAUAAACCACUCAGAGUGACGGUGUUCGACAUGGAGGAUCAUUCAGAAAUCACAGUUCCUCAAUAUGCAGUUCAAAUUGAGUGUGAAAAUAUACUUGUAAAUAACGCAAUGCAGAAAUAUUGGAAACCUGUAGCCACAGCACAUGUUAUGACUAAAAGCCGUCAAAUGGAAAACUCACUCCAGGGUGGUCAAACUGAGUUCAACAUGACAAACAUUAAUGUGUCCAAAGGAAAUACAAAUACUUCCUUGUACAAGAAACCAAAAAUAUCUAAAAACCAGACGGAGAGUGUAUAUGCCUCUUGUAUUGUGGAACCCAGUUUCUUCUGGUGUCAAUACGCCAACACUGAGGAUCUCAGCAAACUAUCAAUGCUUGCUCAGGAAGCAGGACAGGCACAGAAGAACAUGAUGUUCCCAGAGACUCUUGGUCCUGGAAGUCCAUGCCUUGCUCUUUUUUCCAGUGACAAUCGGUGGUAUCGAUCUCAGGUAAUUAAGAGAACUGAUGAUACCCUUCAUGUUCUGUUUAUUGACUAUGGAAACGAAUCUGAUGUUGACAUUAACAAUGUGAGAGAACUGCCUCAGGGUCUGCUGGAUAAUGCUCCUCAGGCCUUUUUAUGCUCAUUGAAUGGAUUCGAGGAAUCCAAGGGCACCUGGGAUGACCAAGUUUAUGACGACUUCUACAAUCUACUGGUUGAUAAACCACUCAGAGUGACAGUGUUCGACAUGGAGGAUCAUUCAGAAAUUGCAAUUCCUCAAUAUGCAGUGCAAAUUGAGUGUGAAAAUGUGCUUGUAAAUAAAGCAAUGCAGAAAUAUUGGAAACCUGUAGCCACAAAACAUGUUAUGAAAGAAAGCCCUCAAACAGAAAACUCACUCCAGGGUGGUCAAAGUGCAUCCAACAAAAUGCACCUUAAUGUUUCCGAAGGAAAUGCAAAUGCUUCCGUGUACAAGAAACCAAAAAUAUCUAAAAGCCAGACGGAGAGUGUAUAUGCCUCUUGUAUUGUGGGACCCGGUUUCUUCUGGUGUCAAUAUGCGAACACUGAAGAUCUCAGUAAACUGUCGAUGCUUGCUCAGGAAGCAGGACAGGCACAGAACAACAUGAUGUUCCCAGAGACUCUUGGUCCUGGAAGUCCAUGCCUUGCUCUUUUUUUCAGUGACAAUCAGUGGUAUCGAUCUCAGGUAAUUAAGAGAACUGACGAUACCCUUCAAGUUCUGUUUAUUGACUAUGGAAACGAAGCUGACGUUGACAUUAACAAUGUGAGAGCCCUGCCUCAGGGUCUGCUGGAUAAGGCUCCUCAGGCCUUUUUAUGCUCAUUGAAUGGAUUUGAUGAGUUAAAGGGCACCUGGGAUGACCAAGUUUAUGACGACUUCUUCAAUCUCCUGGUUAAUAAACCACUCAGAGUGACAGUGUUCAACAUCGAGGAUCAUUCAGAGUUUGCAGUUUCUCAGUAUGCGGUGGAAGUUGAGUGUGAGGGAGUGGUUGUGAAUACACUGAUGGAGAAAUACUGGAAAGAACUGGACACAGAUCAUGCCAUGGCAGAAAUGGAAUCAGUAGACCAGGAUGAAACCAGGACCGUGGAUGUGAGAGAGAGUGUUGGGGUUUAAAAUAAUGAAAAGGCCAUCAAAUUAAUGCUCCCAACCCAACAAAUGCUUGAGGGGAACCCAGUUUUGAUAGAGCAUUCUUGAGUGGUGUGACCUGACAAAAUAUUUCUGUCUUGUUUGUGAACUUUUAGUCUUAUUCUACUGAAUGAAAUGGAACUUGGCAUGUAGUCAAUUUUUCAAUAAACACACUUGAAUGGAUAAAUAAGGGAGUGAAAUUUUUAAAUGGAUUUUACACAUAUGAACAAGCUGUUUUCCAGGCUAUGCUAGAAGGGAAUAACAGGCUUUCACCCUUCAGCAUUAACUAUGCUAACAUAAAGUCACUUUUGUUAAUUCAGGUUGAGAUGAAAGUGAU